GAGAUUUUCUUCGAAUCACUUCUCGGCUCCUUCUUAUAUUGUUACACACCAAUGCAAUUUAACAAGAGCUUGUGCACCUUGCAUUAGUCUCCAGAAAGCACCCAGUUUAGUAGCCAUUAUAUAAGCACUAUUCCUUUAACUAGGUCAGAGGGUUUAACAAUAUGUAGCACAACCAACUUUUAGGCCUAAAGCGAUAAGCUUUGAAGGGUGGAACAGCUGGAGAGGAGACUGCACUCAGCUUUCGCAGAGAUGAAAAUAAUCUACUGUGAACAUAAUCAACUUGCAUCAGCAGCUUUAUUUAGAAACGUGUAUGUUGAAGCUAUAGAUACGUUGAUUUUAUUUUAAAGUAUUACAUUAAAAAACUGCUGAAGAAAUUGCGAGAAUCAGUCCAUGCCUACAAAGAGUUAACCUAUAUUGGACCGUUUUGCUAUAGAUCAACAGAGUCAUUAAGUAAAUUGUGCUAAGAAUAAGUGAAAAUAAUCUGCACGUCAACACGAUGUGAUUUCCUGCACCUAAAUUCUGGCAAUGCGUCGAGCUUGAUUUGACCUUGUCUGCAGCGGCACCAGAUGAAGCUGUCGCCCUUGAAUCGGGACAACGCAGGGAGGCGAAACUCCAAGAAACCAAGGCAAAUUUUAGAUAAAGCAUCACUCCACUUCUUUCCAACAAGGGACAAGGGGUAAAAAGAAGUAUACUCGCCUUCUGUCCAAGAUGUGGAAUGUCGUUGGACCUAGUGCAGAGCCUGCGUAUGGUGGAGGCACUGAGAGCGGAGUGCAGGGCAUGUUGAUGUCUUGAGAGAAAGGCAGUAGCAGGGAGAGGAGCCAGAGUUCUCUCACAAUCAUGUCGUAUUCAGCUGGCUUUGAGGAUCCCAUAAAUGUGGCGAGCAUGCAAAUUAACACCAGUAAAGCUCAUCUUGAUGCACAUGAGCUCCAGGAUCAGCUCUUCCAACUGAAGAGAAAGUUCAAAGAAGUCAAAAAACGCUACCGACAAGAGAAAGAAGUGUGGAUGAGAGAAAAGGAAAUGAUGCUGAAGAAAGUUGCUGGAAUCCAAGCUGAUGAAAAUAGAAGAAUUUUGCUAGAUCUUGAGUCCGUUUUGGAAGGUGUUCAGGUUGAAAUUAACAAGGAGGAAAAUCAAAAGGCAAUACUUCAGCGUCAGUAUUCUAAUGAUAAAUAUGCCUGGGAAUUGGAGAGAAAAAAAUUAAAGUGGCUUGUUGAUCAGCUAGAAGCAAAGAAAAGUAAACAGUGCGUGGAAAUAACACCUUGCAAAACAAGGGGCUCGCUUGUGACGGAACAGCAGUGUUUGCUGGCAACCAUGGAUCUGAACAAGCAGUUGGAAAACGGCAAGAUAAAUUGGAGCAUGGAGAAGAUGGAGUUACUUCAGUGCUUUGAUAAUGAAAGAAAGGAAUGGGAAAGUCAACUAAUGGAUAUGCAGUGGAAGAUAGAGCAGAUUUACUGGGACGUAAAUUCAAGACAAGAAUGUAAAUUGAAUGGACAAAGAAAUGAACGAGGACAAAGAAAAAAUGCAAGUGACGAUUGGGCUCCAACAGAUCAAGACCUGGGAAAGAACACAAAUGACUCAUUGUUCAUUGAAGAACUAUCACUUGAAAGCUUUGAAAAAGAUGGUCACAGUCAAAAUAUGGGCAGUCCAGAGAAUGAUAAAAAUAAAUGCUCCAGUGUAUUGAAUGCAGCUUUACAGGAAAUAGCAAAAGUAAGUGAAGAAUUAUGCAGUUACCAGAAGGAAGUCCAAAAUAAAAUAGGCACUGGAAGAAACACGUCCUAUCCAUAUCUGCAAGCACAUGAAAAGAAAUGUCAGGAAAUGACAUUAAUCAGAAAAGAUACCUCCUCUGAUGAUAAAUUCUCCAUGUCAAAUGAUUUAUUUAAAGCAUUUCACCCUACACUUUCACAAUAUCAAAAAAGCUCUGAAGAUAUACAUAAUGAAGAAAACAGGAAUCACUCCACCCAGGAUGAAUAUGUCUUUUCUGCUGGGCUUUCAGGAGGAAAUGGUAUAAAUGUCAUUUCUCCUAUAAAAGGAAAAGCUCCACCAGUUCCUCCAAGGACAUCCUCUUUGUUGCUUGCAAGUUCAUUCUUGGUAUUUCCACAGGAUCAUGAUGAUUCUCUGAAAGAGGAUAACAGUAACUGUGAAACAUACAGUCACAUCAUGGGAACAAGUUACAGUGGCCCUAAUGAAGCCAUGCUGCAGGAAAAUGAAGAGCACAUUCUUAAAAAUGCAUGGGACUUUAAGGCUUCCGUACCUCUAAUUAAGUAUGAUACAGGUCCUAAAUCAAGUACGAAUAAUUCUAGUUGGUGGUCAUGUGAUACAACUAACAUUGACUCAGGAACUGAAAACAAAUAUAUUGGUUCAAAAGUAAACUUGUCUUCAGAUAAAGGUCAUUUGCUACCAAUACAAGAGAAUAACUUUCCAAGCCCUUCAAAGGCAACAGGAAUUUGCAGUACCAGUGGUGUGUGUCUGCAUCCUUCAAUCGAUGCACCUGCAACACAAGCAGAUAGCUUCAGAAAAACGACCUUGAGCUUUGAAAGUUGUGACCCCAUUGUGCGUGGAAGAUCUGUGGUGCAAAGUGCAACAAAACCUGGCCAAGGCUCUAGCUUUGCGAUCCAUUCUGCAGGAAAUGUCCAUGCUACCAGACAAUUUCCAUCAAAGCAUAUGGAUUAUGCAUGUGGAUCCCGUAAGCCACUGUACAUCACUAAUACAAAAAUAGCCGAACAGAAGCAUCACUAUAGAUUUCCUGGCCAGAUGGUGGAUAAUGAUAAAAGGCACAGGUUUGAUAAAAUUAACAAGAUUCCAAAUAGUUUUUCCAAUCCAACACAUGCCUGGGAAGCAAAAUCAAAUUUUGAUAAUGGUUGGCCAACAUUGAGACACAAUGAAAGAUCAUCAAAUCCUUCCUUUCAAGUGAUGAAUAGCAUUGCCAGUUUUGCUGAUAAUAGACCCAAGCAAUACGCAUCCUGUACUGAUGGAAUGCAAGAGAACUCAAAGGGGAACUCUGACUUUUUUCAACUUGUGCACCUGAAUCAAGAAAAGGAAAUGGAGAAAACUUCAAGACAAUCCCACCAGAGGGUCUCAGGACAACAACUUUCACUGCCCGUGACUUUGCUGCCUGUGACGGGAAGAUUAAAUGGGAUGAGUUUUUCACGUCCUGCUAUACCACAGAACCGCCGUUUACCAUCACGAUGGGCAACAAGUUCACCGUCUGCACCAGAUUCACUUAAGCGAUGUUUACAGAAGCACAAUCAAGCUUUCCGAUUUGAUAUAAAAACUUCAAUGAUAUAAUGUGUUACAUUGCCCCUUACAGAUUAACAGGUAUCUUAAUGGGUUUAUUUAAAUAAUUCUACAUUUCAUUCCUAUAAAACAUUAUACAGUAUAUUUAUACUUCAACUGAUCUCAAUAUGGCUUUAAAAGGAAAAGAUUGUUGAAAUUAUGAUUGGUAGUCUCCAGUAAUUAAAUUAAAUGUCAUAAUCUAAACUCUGCAUAACUAUAAAUUGUUAUAAUAAAUUAAUGUUUCCAAUGUUUAAUUAUUUUCCAAAUUAUUAAAUCACUCGGUGUUAUUUUAAAAUGUUUGUAACAUUCUGUAUUUUAUUGCAAACUUGUAUAUCAGCUGUAUUCGAUGAUGAGCAGAAAGCUCAGUUAUUUGCAUGCUAUUGUGUUUGUUCAUGCAUGAGUAGUUGAAGCUGUGUCUGUGGGCAUUUAGGAGGCAGUUAGUUGGCAUCUAUAGUAUAUGUUCAUGGUGAGCUGCAGAAAGCAGGGUCUUUUUUUCCAUUCUAAUAUGUGGAAGUAUAAAUUAAAGCAAGAAGACAGUCUUAUUAUUUGAUUUUAAAAGUGUUAUUAUUACUCACAGCACUUUUAGGAAUAAAAUGUUGCUCUUAGUUCAGUCUGUUUUCAACUGUAAAAAUAAAGUAAAUGUACAAUAUUAAAAAUAAAGCUGACUAGUUCUGGU